GAGUACCGGGACGAGCGAGGUCGCAACGCAUUCCGUCGUAGUCACCCCGACGGGUAACGGAUGUCCAAGCGGCUCCGUAUUCGCGCGCUAAACUCACGAGGAACUCGGUGAGAUUGAUACGAAGAGGUAACAACGAAUUUCCUCUAACGAGAAACCGAACGGACGACUGAACGAACAGACGGUCGAGCCCACGAAUUCGCCAGUGGGAGCACACCAGCUGUAUCUAUAUUAACGAAUCGUUUCACGGAAGUGGAAACGUUGAACGAACACGAGAAAGAUAUCGAACGAGAAUAUAUUUGAAGGAAUAAAGAUAGAAAAAUAAUGUUUACGACUACAGUCUUUAUCUUCACAUUGAACACACUAUGGAUGGCGUGUCAAGCAGUGCCACUGCUUGAUAUGAGGAACAGUUUGGAGCAAAAUGUAUUGGAUGCUGUGGUUUCCUCUGCAUGCUCUUCAAAUGGAGGUUGUUGGAAAUGGUUACCGAUGCAAGAAGUUCAGAAAGAUGUUCCUUUGACUCCAGAGGACCUCCCCAUAUCAAAAAUGGAUAUUCGUCGAGAAACUUCAAGUUUAGAUCCCAACACGAUUAUAGAAACAUGGGGUGAUAGUUCCCCAUCACUGAACAGAAAAAUUCACCAAUUGUCACUGGCUAACAAGCAAAUCGGAAAUAGAUUGUCGAAGAAAGAUAAGUCACGUAGUUGGGGUGCUGGCGGCAUGCCCUUUUCUAUUCUUUAUAUGAAUCCAUAUGGUCCUCGUGGAAAUUAUGCCAGUACUUCACAACAACAAGAUCUGGGAAAAACUGAAAGCACAACGCCACCUAUAAUACAUCCUAAUACUCGCAUUGCUGUGCGUAAUGGAAGUUCCACGCAACCAAGAAGACAAUACUCGAUAAUACCGCAGCUUUUUAUAUCAUAUGGCUGGGGUCCGUUUGGCAAAUGAAAAGAAUCUCCUACUUAAGUGUGUAAAUGGAAUACUGAUCUCAUAAUUUUGGUAUACGAAAUCAACUGUAUAAAUAUUUAGUUACAUUUAAUUUUAACUAAGCGUCAUAUUUUACAUAAACUACAAUCUAAAUA